UGCGCAUCAGGCUGCCUCGCUGUGAUGUUUCGGCCUGUUUCGGCACUAGCCGGACAUUUUCGCCUCUUUGUUUUACUGAUAGUGGAUUUAACUCGGAUUCAAUCCAAUAUCCAGCGGACCGCUGUGGCAAUAAACAGGUGUGUGAGGUGGAGCACAGGAUGCAGAGUUAACGCCACCCUGUGUGUCCCAGAAGAAUCCUGGCUGCCGGGUCCUCAACAGUAGACACAUGGCGGCAUUAGGGAACCCCGAGAUGUUAACCCGAAAGAUUAAACUGUGGGACAUCAAUGCCCACAUAACCUGCCGUCUGUGUGAGGGGUACCUGAUCGACGCCACAACGGUCACCGAGUGCUUACACACCUUUUGCAGGAGCUGUUUGGUGAAAUACCUAGAGGAAAACAACACAUGUCCCACGUGUCGGAUUGUCAUUCAUCAGAGCCAUCCACUGCAGUACAUCGGACAUGACCGAACAAUGCAGGAUAUUGUGUAUAAAUUGGUGCCAGGUUUGCAAGAAGCCGAGAUGAAGAAACAGAGGGAGUUUUAUCAGAAGUUAGGCAUGGAGGUGCCUGGAGACAUUAAAGGAGAACUGUGCAACACAAAAACCCUUCCUGACGCUCAGCGGAAUGGUGACCAGAAACCAGAUGAUCCGUCCAAUAAGGAUGCUGCAGAGGAGAAGGCGGAAGAGGACAAUGAUUACCAUCGGAGUGAUGAACAGGUGAGUAUCUGUCUGGAGUGUAACAGCAGUAAACUUAGAGGACUCAAGCGGAAAUGGAUACGAUGUUCAGCCCAAGCCACGGUUCUCCAUCUCAAGAAGUUCAUCGCAAAGAAGCUCAACCUGACGUCCUUUAAUGAGCUGGACAUCUUAUGCAAUGAAGAAAUCUUGGGCAAGGACCAUACACUGAAAUUUGUUGUGGUAACAAGAUGGAGGUUUAAGAAAUCCCCCCUCCUCCUGCAUUACAGACCCAAAAUGGAUUUGCUGUAGUCGGACAAAAAAGGUUGGUUGUUUCUGGCCCGGUGGCCCUGGACUGUGCUUCACACUAUAAAUAUGCAGAGACCAUCAACGUCCACACCAAACAAAAGCCCAACGCAGAUACGAGCCAGCAAACAACAAGGAUCACAGCUACUGUGACACUGGCGGCCUGUGGGAACAACCGCUUUGGUCUGUUGUGUCCGCUAUAUGUCCUAGAUAUGUGAAAAAUUAAGAGAAAGCAUAUAUUUAUACUUUUGUAUAGACGAGCGAAGUUGAACCAAGACCCUAUUGGUGCGCUGUUUACACAUUAAAACAAAAAUACAAAAAAUAGGGGGUAAAGAAAAUGGUUUAACAUUUUUUGUACCAAUUGGACUUCGUUUCGAACUCAACUACGGGCAAAACGAUGGUGCUCGGGAUCUGUCAUUCUCCGUGGAAGUGUCUUCUUACACUGCUAACCAGAGGAGAUGCCGCGUUUCAAACGGACCGUUCUCUCUCUCAGGUCUCAACCAACACUUCUCGGGAGCGCAGAGCCUUUUUAUGCUUAUACAAAAGCGGUUUAUAUAAGUUGUGUAUUAUCUCAGAGCAGUUUCAUUCUUUACUUUCAGCGUCGCUACAAGUGGAAUUGUGAAUAGGCAAAUUUAUGUGUAGUAUUUAUGUUCUAUUUACCAAUAUUGUAUAUAAAAGUUGUUAACAGAGAGAAGGACUAAAAGGUGUGAUGAAAAAGUAUGUAAAAGAUUAAAGGUUAGAGAGAAAUAGAGACUGGUUUUUCAAAAGUGCUAUAUUUUGGGCUGCGUUUAUGUGGAUAUAAACAUGAAUUCAAGCCAGAUUUCAUCUUUUCAGACUUUUUAUGUUGCAAAAAGCAACAUUUUUCUUAAUUUAAACAUCUCAUUAUUAAAUUAACACUCCACUUUUUUUUUUUUAAAGGCAAAUUUUCCAGUUUUACCAUUUUGGAAUCCAUUCAGCCGUUCUCUAGGUCUGGCGGUAUCACUUUUAGCAUAGCUUAGCAUAAUUCAUUGAAUCUGAUUAGACCAUUAGCAUCGUGCUUAAAAAUUACCAAAGAGUUUGCUGCCGUAACAUGGAUGCACCAGGCGCAAUGAUAUUACGUAUUGUAUCAAAACUUAUAGUUUUCCGUCAUUUUUAGUAGACGAUGUAACUACAAAAGAGUCAAGUUUUAAAUAGAAAAAAUAUUGAAAUUAUGUGGUCAUUUUUGAGCAUGAUGCUAAUGGUCUAAUCAGAUUCAAUGGAUUAUGCUAACUAUGCUAAAAGUGCUAGCGCCAGACCCGGAGAUCGGCUGAAUGGAUUCCAAAAUGGUAGAACUCAAGGGGAGCUCGAAAAUGAGCCUACUGUUCCUUUAAAUGUAGCAGUGAUAUAAAUUGGAUUGGAUUUGGAGAGCCGAAGUGCUAUCUAAGUCCUUAAUUUAUGCCCCAAAAUUGUGUAAUGAUGCAUCCCUAAUAUCUUCUAUAUAAAUAUGUAUGUGCAUCCUUUGAUUGAAAUCCCGCCUCAAUGUCAUAUAUGCAAUGUAUCAGGCUGUCAGAUCUCCAUUCCUCUGCAGUACGAAUGUAACCCACAUAUAACCGUCCAUGAUGUAUAGCUUUCUGUUUUAUUGCUGUCUUUAGUGCCAAAGGCUUAACCCCUCAUUCCUGACUUCACUUUAUUUCUGUAUGGCAAGCUGUGCUAUGGCAGAAUGCAUAAAUGAAUAGACCUGAAUUUGAUACAGAUGACUAAAAUGAUUUAGGUUGGUAAUAAUUGGCCUUUUUUAAUCGAUUUAAUUUUGUCUUUAUGAGCCCUUAUUGAAGUUUGUAAUAUUUUGGGUCCUUUGUAGCCGUCCACCUAUUCAAUGAUUGAUAAGUUGAUAAAAUGUAUAAGGGCUCGCACCAGAUUUGUAACAACAAUGUAUUAUUUCGAGUUUUGUGAAGAGACGACAUUUUAUAAUAGCGUUUCAUAAAAAACAGGUCUGCUUACUGUAGCAGGCAACUUUUACACGGGUAAAUGCCAAACCAGCUUGACCAGGUCUUUCUGGUUCACUUUAAAGUUAUUCCAGAAAUAUCAAUCUUUUAUAUAUUCAAUAUUAUUUCAUAGUAACGCUCACCUUUGCAAUGUUUCAUCUGAAUCUGUGUGCCCUUCCUCAAUGUCUUAUAAUGUGAAUUAAUUCAGCGCACAUCUGCAAAUUGCCGACUGCAGGUCUUUUACGUACCAAUGCAAACGCAUGUUUUUAUUUAAUGCCUCUGUCUUGUAUAUUCUCCAGAAUUGGGCAUGGAUGUCUAUGUCUGGGAGCGUCUUGUUAUAUUCAGGAGGAUGUUCGAUUUAAUUUGAGCCAAAAACAUGGUGCUAAUGUUUUGUACCUUUUAAAAAUAAAAACUCAACAUGGUGCAGACCGCGGAGCGAGUCUUAAAAUAUUUCAUCAUAACCUACUUGCUUCUUUGACGUGUUUGGUGCUCUUGGGUUUUGUGUAACUUUGUUUGUACAGCCCGACUUAAAAAUAGGAGGGAAGCUGGUUUGGUGAUUCACUGAGUUUUGUUUACUGCUGUCCUGGGAAACUCUGAAAUCGGUCUAAAAGUAGAAGCAACAAGGCCAUCAUUGUCGUCUUUCAUCAUAAACAACACUGGCGUUUAGAGGAAAGGUCUUGCAUCCCUGUUUUGGGUUCUUGGGGCGCAUGUGUCGCUCAAUAUUGGAUAUGAAUAAAACAACGUGGUGGUAUGUGUUGUUCUCCCAGAUCUCUUUGAGGAUGCUCUUUCGGUGUAGGUUAUAAAGGUUGUUUUUCCUGAGCCAGGAGUCGGAAGACGGGGUUUCCACUCGUAUUGUUUUAAAUCACUGUUCUGUUUAACUCUCCGAGGGUCUUGUUGCACAUGGGAGGUGUGUUAAUGUUCAGAGUAUUGCAACAGAUCAAUGCCCUGGCUUGCAUUGAGACAUCAGUGCUACUUCACUUGACAGGCAUGCUAUAAGGAGCUUACUGGAGACCUGCUUUAAAAGCUGUGGACUGUGGAGUUGCCAAGAUUGGAGAUUUGUCUCCAUUUCCAUUUGUUGGAUUUUUGGCAGCCUUUGGUUCUGUGACAAUGGUGCACCCAUGACUGGCUUUAAUAAUUGAAACUGAGGAACACAUUUGGACAUGUAGAGAUGGCAUCGGUGGGUGAAUCUCAGGCAAGCUGUUCUCAGUACAAACAUGUCUGGCUUAUUUUACCCCAAAAUCAAAAGGAAGAAAUAAGAAAUUACACUUAAUGCUUAUAAAAAGUUUUGGUUACAGUUUACAAUAAGGUUGUAUUUGUUACAUUAGUUGAUGCAUUAGCUAACAUGAACUAACAAUGAACAAUACCUCUACAGCAUUUAUUAAUCUAAGUUCAUGUUGAUUUCCAGCCAUACAUAUUUUAAGAGUUGACUAAUUCAUAUGAAUUCGUACAAAGUUAAUCAUGCAAAACUUAUAAUUAUGAUAAAAAAACAAUGUCACAGGGGCAAAUCUUACAAAAAUGUAUGAAUGUUAGCCAUCUUGUAAAUUAUUUACGAAUUGCCAUGAGAUAGCGUUGUAAUUUCAGCAUUUUUGAAUGCAUUUAACUGUUAACAUUAGUUAAUGCACAAUGAACUAACAUGAACAACUUUAUUGGCAUUAACUAACAUUAACGAAGAUUAGACUUUUUUUGAAAAUAUUCUCAUUUUCCAGCUCUCAAAGAGUUAAACAUUUGAUUUUUACCGCUUUGGAAUCCAUUCAGCUGAUCUCCUGGUCUGGCGCUACCACUUU